UUUCAGAUGAGUGACUCUCUGGAAUCUCCUAACUGGGGCUUCAGAGUAUUUUAUGGAAUGUCUAUCGUGACUCUUCCUAUAUAUUUUACCAUUUUAAUAUGCCUUAUACAUCUUCGAUGUGUCUCUAAAACAUACAAAACGACGUUCUACUCACUUCUGUUACAACACUGUAUAGCUGAUCUCUUCUCAAUGCUUGGCUAUAUUGCACUCUCUCCAGCUCGUGAAAUCCCGUUCAUCCGACAGUUUUAUUUUGACUAUCAAGAAUAUUAUAUAGCAGCUGCAACUUAUAAUAUAAUUUAUGUAUCACUCUAUAUUCGGUGUACCGGAAUAAUUCUCUUAUCAUUACAGAGAUAUUUGGUUAUUACUUCGCCCCAUUCGAAAAUUGCUAUUAAAGUUCAAACUGCUGCGAAUUGGAAAAUUAUUCUGGUUUACUGGAUACCACCUACACUUCUGAAUAUCGUAGUUCUUAAAGAUACAAACUUCCAUUUUGAUGGAUUGGAAGAUAUGGCGAUUGUUGCGGAGAAAACUGUUAUUCAGAGAAAUACUUUAAUGGCAUUGAUUGUGGUCAGCAUCACAUGUAUUGUAAGCUCAGGUGCCUAUGGAGCUCUAUUUUCAUUUGUUAGAAAGAACUCAUCGAGACUGUCAAAAUCCCUUCGUCGAGAAGUUCAUUUGGCAUUUCAAGUCUUAGUGCUUCUCUUUGCAUUUUUCCUUAUCCUUGUUUUUUAUACAUUUCUUAAUUAUUUUUCUAGAACCCAAAAUAAUGGUCCAAUAUUUUACAUGCGUGGUCUUUAUCCAAUGGCAAAUGGUUUCCUGUCCUACAUUAACCCGUUUUGCAUACUAUUUUUGAACAAAGAACUGACUCGAAAAAUGAUAAAACCAAUUUCUUGCCGUGGAGAUCUUAUGAGUGAAGUUCAAAUUUCUGGAAUUGCUACCAACUCAAACAAAAGUCAUACAGCGCAAGCUGUCACAAAAGGAAAUGCAACUGAAAACCGGAGAACAAUUGCUUUUAAUUGAAACUAUUUUUUUCAAAGUUGAUUGUUUUAAAUUUAGACAGGCACAAUGAUAAUUGGAAACAUUUGUAUAAAGAAGAUGUAU